AUGACUGAAACUGAGACCAGAUACCCUCAAAUGGAAAAGUUGGCUCUCGCCUUAGUCACCUCUACCAGGAGGCUUAGGCCGUACUUCCAAGCUCACACUGUGGUGGUGCUCACCAACUUGCCCCUGAAGAGUAUCUCCCAUAAGCCAGAGACAUCAGGACGCCUGAUGAAGUGGGCAAUGGAGUUGAGUGAAUACGACAUCCAGUUCGAACCCAGAACUGCGUUGAAAGGACAAGCAGUGGCUGAUUUUAUAGCCGAGCUCACACCACCUCCCGAGCUAAGCAGGCCCGACCUCCCGUGGACGAUCUAUGUCGACGGAUCCUCCAAUGAGAGAGGAUGCGGGGCAGGAAUCCUCUUGCUCGCACCAGGAAGUGAGCGGUUUGAGUAUGCUCUACGAUUCAGCUUCCGGACUUCCAAUAACGAGGCCGAGUAUGAAGCACUCCUAACGGGUUUGCGGAUCGCCAGGGCACUGGGAGCCUCUCAUAUUAAGGUCUUCAGCGACUCCCAGCUGGUUGUAAGUCAGAUCAAGGAGGAGUAUCAAGCCAAAGACUCCCGAAUGGAGAAAUAUCUAAGCAAGGUCAGAUCGUACCUCAUCCAGUUUAGGACCUACGAAGUAAGCCAAGUUCCAAGAGCGGAAAAUUCCAAUGCUAAUGCCUUAGCCAAAUUAGCGUUAGCAUACGAGACCGAUCUGGCCAGGUCGGUCCCUGUCGAGAUCUUGGACGGCCCUUCGAUCUUGGAGCCAGAUUUGAUGGAAGUCGACACUCCGGAGCCUUCGUGGAUGGAUCCAAUCGUGGAUUUCAUUAAAGGAAAUUCACCACCAGAUCCCAAAGAGCACAAAAAGAUGGCGAGAAAAGCAGCUCGGUUCGUAAUCCAAGACGGAGCGUUAUACCGACGUAGCUUCUCUCUACCUCUGCUGAAAUGCGUAACCCUUGAGGAAGGCCUCUAUGUCCUCAGGGAGAUCCAUGAAGGAGUGUGCGGCAACCAUUCAGGCGCUCGGUCGUUGUCGGCCAAGGUGGUCCGACAAGGAUACUACUGGCCUACUCUCGACCAAGAUGCCAAGAAGUUUGUGAGAACUUGUGACAACUGCCAGUGCUUCAGAAACAUAAUCCACCAUCCACCCGAGCUGCUCACCCCCAUCUCGGCCCCAUGGCCAUUCACCUAG